UGAAGAGCCGAUCGUUAUGAUAUUUAUUUCUCCUAUGUAUAUAAGAUAUGGCUGUGCGAUGGAGCAGCGAAAAUGUUGUCGCCGAACACAGAGAUUUACAAGCCACCGCCAUGGCACUGGAUUGGCGUGGUGACUACACGCUUCUGGCUGGGAGACGUAACCUAGCACUCAUCUCACUAGAGAAACCCUCUGAAAUUGUCAAGAGGGUCAACAGAACACAGCAAAAGUAUGAUGUUACAGCAGCUGAGUGGAACCCAAAGCAAGCUCUGGGACACACCUUUGUCAUUGCAUCAGGGGAAAAAGCUGAGAUAUGCCAGUGGACGGAGGGGAGUUUGAAUGGAAUGACGACUCUGCGAGCCCACACAAGAACUAUAACAGACCUCAAUUGGCACCGUUUUGAUCCUCAUCUACUAGUAACUUGCUCCAUAGACACCUUUGUCCACAUAUGGGAUACGCGAGAAACACGCAAACCUAUUGCCUCACUCUCAGCUAUUGCUGGGGCAUCACAGGUUAAGUGGAACAAGUUGAACCCACAUAUCCUGGCCUCUGGCCAUGACUGUGAUGUGCGUGUGUGGGAUCACCGGAAGCCAGGUCAACCCAUGCAGUAUAUUGCUGCCCACCUCUCCAAGAUCCAAGGCCUGGACUGGUCUCCCAACCAUGAGAACCAUCUGGUCACCUCGUCCAAUGACUGCACAGUGAAGUUCUUUGACAUCCUCAACCCACGCAAGGCUGAGAACUUCAUCAACACACUGUCUCCUGUGUGGCGGGCACGAUACACACCCUUUGGUGAGGGGGUAGUGGCAGUGGUGGUGCCCCAGCUACGUCGUGGAGAGAAUUCACUGCGCCUUUGGUCUGUGACAGACAUGAGCUCCCCUGUGCACACCUUUGUGGGCCACUCAGAUGUUGUGCUAGAAUUUGAGUGGCGGCAGAACCUGAGCAAUCCUGGUGACUACCAGCUGGUGACAUGGGCUCGUGACCACAGCCUCAGGAUUUGGAAGAUAGAUCAUCAGCUGCAGAAGCUGUGUGGACACGAGAUGGAUGAAGAGGUUAUGUUAACAGAACGCACAGACAGUGAUUAUACUAGUGACACUACACCAACACCAGGCCCUGAGGCAAAUGAUGUUGAUGGAGAUGGAGAAAGGAGAGACUUGGUGCUCACCAAUAGUGACACACAUCAGACUGAAGCUGAUAACUCUAUUAUUGAUGGAUGUGAUCCUGAUAGAAGCAGUAAUUCAAACAAAUUCAGCAUGAAUAGUACAAAUAAGAGUACACAAGAAACAAACAGUGGAACACCCCAGGAAUCGGAAAUUGUGCUAGCAGAGACUGUACCUCCUCAGGCAUCACAGACUUUAGUAUCAGUGGCCACCCCUUCGCCCACACAUCAGGUCACCAACUUUACAAGUACCCUCCCUGCAGCAAACAAAGCAAGCACUUCAGUAGUAGGUUUGUCUUCAACUCUCCCUGCCGGCAGCAGCUUGACAGUAGGACAGCCCAUGACAUUGCAGCAGGAGUUCUCGUUACUGAACACUUCAUUGGAUAACAACCAAGUCAAUUCUGUAGAAGUUGUGAAUGGAGUGGAGGAGGCAGGAAGCAGAGAGAUCAAAAUCUGUCGAGAAGGAAGAGAAAUUGGUGGGUUGGUUAAAGAAGAGGAGAACUCGAGUGGAGGAGACAGCAGUGGAUUGAUUGAAGAGCCAUGUCACCUUUCUGGAGACUAUGUAAUCGUGAAGAAAGAGGAGGGUCAAUUGGUGGAGUGUGGCAGGGAAGAAGAAGUAGACAGCAUAAUGAGAGGAGCUGAAAGAAUGACUCAGGAUCCUGAGGGAUUGGUGGAAGGAGACAACAACUUUAAGGGUAGUAAUCUUGUGGGACAGGCAUCAUGUGUGAAGGAAGAGAAAACCAGUUUGCAUGAUACAACUUCUGGGCAGAAUUGCAUGGAUUUAGAGAACUCUAGUGCCAUAGUCCACACAGUAGUUGACUUUGUGAAAGAACUAGAUAGUGAGGAUGAUGAACACCAGUUCAGCACAUGUGACUUGAACUCUAUAACUGCUAGAGGUAACAAACAACAUGAACAUAAAGAGAUGGAAGAAGCAGAGAAGAGAGAGAGUCUCUUUGAAUUCAGGAGUGUAGAGGUUAUGCAUGAAGGUCAGGAAGUGAGUACUUCUAGUGAUGGAGACCUAAAGUCACUCACAGUAAGUUACUUGCUUGAACUAGAGAAUGGGAAGAGAGAACCACUGGUUGCCAGUAGCAGAGGCUAUCCUAACAACCACAUUAUUAAGAUCAAGUCUUAUACAGAUGAUUUAGAGGAAGCUGCAGAUAAAGACAGUCAUAGAUACUCUAUGGGCGAGGAACCUGCCCUUCGUAUUAGAUUUAGCAGUGAGAGUGAGAUGACAACCUUAGAGCAUGUUGUGAAACAGAGUGAAAGAAUGAGUAUGUCCACACAAAGUUUGGAGGGAUGGUUGGUAGACAGUUCAGAUAUGAUUAGUCUGGUGCCAACUAGUGAAGCUGCUUGUCUUAAAGAGGUGGAUAUGGGGAAGGAGGAGGCAGUAAUACAUAUUGUUGAAUGUGAGGGGGGGCUUGAGGCAAAUGAGAUUCCGGCCACCUCCACCCUGCUUACUGGAGAUGAUGUGGCAUCCACUGAAGCCUCCACACUGGGUGAGGCAGAAGAAGUAGUUUCAGAGCAGGUGAUGGACACAUCACCCCUGAUGCUGUCCCUACCACUGGUAACUGCACAAACCACAAUGAGUGCAGCUGUUAUGGAAGGAUCCAUUCUCAUUAAAGGGUCUAAAAAUGAGUCAUUACAGGUCUCUGCAAAACUUGUGUAUUUACCUGACUGUGAAGAGAGGAAUCUGGGGCCACCUGAGGAGGCAUGUGCUUCCCUUGCACCUCAGCUCCUUGAAGGGGGCGUGCUGGUCCUUGGGGACAAUAUAAUCAUGCUGAGCAACCAACUCUACCUCACACAUGUUGAACUUGUGGCAGCUGAGGGUGAUACACAUACACAGAUAUCUAUUAGUCUCCCUACAGAUCCUGUGGAGAAUUAUCAUGAAAAGAAGGUCAACUUUGUGCUCAUUAGUUUAGGGUCAGAGCAAAACCUAGUUAUGGCUUCAGCUCCCUGCACCCCACAGAAGCUGGUGAGGCUCCUCCAGGAUGAUAGGAUCUCUGUACGCAAUGCACCUCACAGUGAUGAACCAGGGAUCUUUCAGUGUGACAAAUGUGAUAAGUCCUAUAAAGUUCGCUCUUCUUUAAAUAGCCACAAAGUCACACACAAUUCAGAGAAAAUGUACAAAUGUGAUGAGUGUGAUAAAGCUUUCCAUUACAGUACACCACUACAGAUCCAUAAGCGCAUCCACACAGAUGAGCGGCCAUACAAGUGUGACAGGUGCUCUGCUUCAUUCCGAUCCAAAGCUAACCUGAAGUACCAUGAAAGACUGCACACAGGAGAACGUCCUAUUACAUGUCGAGAGUGUGGGCAAGGCUUCAAGGACUACACAUCCCUGAAGAGACACAGACAGAAGGCUCAUGAGAUGUCCAGUCUGAAGUGUGGGGAGUGCAGUGAGGUGUGUCUGUCUUUGGAGCAUUUGACAACACACAUGUGGCAGAUGCAUGAUCUACUGUAUGUGGAGGAGAGUGCCAGCAAAUGUGAGAAAUGUGGUGAGACAUUCACAGACAAGAGGACGUAUAACAACCACAUUAUGAUGCAUGAACGGAGAGAUAAGGCAGCCCAAGUGGGGCUUCGCAAACUUGCAGAUUACACUCACCGAUGUGGUAUCUGCAACAUGACAUGCCAAAAUAAGACACAGAUGCUCUUGCACAUACAAAUUCAUGCAGCUGUAAAGAGAUUUAAGUGUCGAUACUGUAGUAGUGCAUUCAUGUAUCGUUUUCUUCUGGCACGCCAUGUGCGAGAACAACAUCCAGAUGACCCAGAAUGGUUUUGCCAGCAUUGUGAUGAUAUCUUUGAAACGUGCAGAAAGAUGACCAUGCAUAGCUGCCGCACAGUACGAGGGGAUUACAGCUGUCCACACUGCCCCUUCAAGACUGAAGUGCGACACAGACUGUUCAGACACAUAGUGAAAACGCAUCCAGAAGACAAGAUGCCAUACUAUUGUGAGUUCUGCAAAAACAGCUUUGAAGACCCCAACAAGUUGCGCUAUCACCAGAAACGUGAACAUCCUGAGAAGAUGCUUGUGGUUUCUUUACAACGUGAAUCAGCCAAAAAUAACAGUGGAGGUGUUGGGGGUGGGGGGAAAGACAAGAGUGAUUCUCCAAGCAUAGAUAUGUCACAGGUGGAGAUGACCAUUGAGGGUGAUACACUGGUAUACUUUAUUCCUGAAGACUUGCGAAAUGAUGAGGUUUUCAGGGAGAAAGUUAAGUUUAAAUGUUUUUACUGUGAAGCUAAAUUCCCAAUCAAGAACUCCAUGACAAGGCACAUCCUUCGUGAGCACCCGGGGGAAAAGGCGUACAAAUGCCUCAAAUGCAACAUCUUCUUGAAGUCAAGUGUGGAAUCAAAGAACCACCACCGCCGUUAUCACAGAUUCUCAGAGACAGGAGGUAGGGAUCCCCACCGCAAUGAGAGGGCAAUGAUGAAAAGAGCACAGUGGCUGCAGGACCAGUUAAACAGCUCAGAGAGUCGCAUAAAGAACCUCUACAAGUUCAGCUGCCGUUUCUGCCAGAUGAUGUAUAGAGAGAAGCGGUCCUUGGUGGCACACUACCGCAAAAGGCAUCCGGACGAAGAAUGGGACUACUUUCCAGAUAAGCCCAUUCGUGCUGUGGCCAAAACACGCCAUAAGAAGAGGAUCCUCGUCUAUUAUGACUGCAGUUUUCACGAUGACUGUAAUGCUGUGUUUGAUGACCUGUCAAUGUUGCACCAACAUCUUUUCAAUGCCCAUGAUAUUGCAGAGGAAUAUAGUGAUAGAUAUGUAUCUAAACGUCUAGUUAUUGACCAUUUGCGGAGAGGGAGACUACCCAAGAAUGCUAUAGACCGGCAGGCCCGAAGAGUUCAAAUUGGUAAGAGAAAGUUGGAGAUAAGACAGGAUUCUGUCAUCCCUUCCACAGAUAUGGACACAGAUAAUGAAGAAAUUGUUGAUGAUCCAGUGGGUGUAGUUGAUGCCCUAGAUUCAAAAGUUUAUAUGAUGAAUUCUUUACAUGAAUCCUUAACCCCUGACUUAAGUGUGCAGGAGAGUGAAGAAACCUCAUCAGGACUAGAUAGAAAGAGAACAAGGGCUUCCUCUUCCAGCUGGUGUGAGCAGAAGCAACAUAGUCACAUAGAUGAUAUAGGGUCGCUCCAUGAUGUCAAAAAGAUGUUAUAUCGUUGCCACCGGUGCAACAGAUCAUUUACCAGUAGAGGGGAAUAUCGUGAGCAUGUUGCUCGGGCUCGCCAUGUGGAUUGCCGCACUAUCAAAUAUGAUCCUCUCAUCAAAAAGGAGCCGGUAGAUGAUGGUAGCUUUAGCGGGACUGAUACCAUUGACUGUUAUGAGUCCUCGGUGGAUGUGCUACGUGAUAGAUAUGAAGGUGAUGAAGGUAAAGUGCAGCAGAGAAGAACAGUAUCCUCCCUAAGAGGUAGAAAGAGAUUACAGCAUACUGAAGUAAGAAGGGAGAACACAAUAAAAGUGGAGAUGGAUUCACAGGAUGAAGAUGAGAGCAUAGCCAUUACCAGCCUUGAGAUUGAAGAGCAAGAGGAGGCGUUUCUCAAGAUCCUCACCAUCCAUGCCCCUGAGACAGGAUGUUCUGGUCCAGGUGUCAAAGUAGAAGGUGAAGGAAAAGGCAUGAACAAAAGUCUAAUAGAUAGAGAUAGUGAUGAAUCUUGUUCAGCCAAUGGAAAGGGCUUGCCUCUACAAACAACUCUGGCAUUUGAUAAGAAAGACUUUCUAAGCCAUAGUGAAAAUGUGUUAGAUUCUCUGUCAAUGAUAAGUAGCAGUAAGUCAAGCCAGGUAAUAAGUCUAUCAUCUGAAGGUGGAAGUUCUGACAGUAUCAUGACACUGAGCGAGUUAGAUAAAGCUAGUUCUGUUAGAAUCAAAACGAGGAAGAUAGAAAGAACACAGGCAGAAGUGAAAAAGGUUGAAGAACCAGGAAAUGUGGGAGAGAAUUUGGAGAGUAGAGGAGCAACGGGAGGGAGAAGAGUAGGGAGAAAAGGAAAGAAUCAGGAGAAGAAAAGUAGAAAUAGUGAGAAGAAUAAUGCUGAAAGCACAAGAAGCAAAGGGGUAAAGAGAGAAAGAGAGAGGAUAUCUGAUGGGAAGGUAUGUGAAUUGUGUCAUGCUAAUUUCAAGACAAGGGCGGAAGCCUCCUUCCACAUGAGGUUAGACCACUAAAUUGACCCAGGGCAAAAGGGAGAUUUUUUUGUAAUGUUUACAUCAAAUACAUCCUUUAAGCUUAGUAUGGUAAAUUAAAAAUAUGUAUACUUCCAUGGAAUUAAUAAAGAUAAAAAUGCCAGAAAUUGUGAUAU